GUGUUUGACCUAUUAUUUUAAUUACUAAAAAUCAUUAAAGAAUUAAGUUAUUAAAGUCAUUAAAGAUUAGAAUCAUUGCAUGCUAAAACGCUUUCGAUAGCGUCUAGACAUCCCGAUGCAAAGCUCUCUGUAAUUUUGUUUACUAUUAGUAUAGAAAACACAAGGGACUAUUUUAAUAUUUUAACCCAUGAAAUUAAUCUACCCUGUUUUGUCAUAAAGAGAACGGAAGCAGCUUCAAUAGUGUGUAACGUUAUAUGUCUAAUAAUUUCACCAAGACUUUUACUGCAAAAUUAAAAUGUAUUUCAUAACUUAAAAUGUAAUAUUUUUGUUCAUUUUUAUAAUGCGAACCAGUUAUUUAUUCUAAAUAGUGCUCUGUUUUCCUGUUCCAAGUUCUUGUGGAUCCUGCAAAAGUGACCACGGCCACUUUUGCAUGUACUGGGGACAUAUUAAUUUAAAUUUAUAUCUAACAGUAUAUUUAAGAUACACAUAAAAUACAACUAUUUUUAGACCCUUAAAACUUACAUACUACCUUUUGACUGUAGAAAUUAUUCUUUUUUUGAUGGCAGUUUCUGUUUAUAAUUUUAAGCAUGGAGAAUGUAAUAGCAUGUGAUAUUUAACAUUAUAUACAAUACUUUAAUUAUUUUUAUUUUAUUUAGGUUAAUUUUAAUUGAGGUUAAUGUUUUACAUAAAUGAUGUAGUAUCUAAUCAGGUGUGACGGUUCCCUUUACUAGUGCUUCCAUUGACAGGAAGCAGUGCAUAAACUGAACGGACUUUUAUUUUGGUGUGCUGGUUGCCUAUCAUGUUUACUGUCAUGAGGUCACGAGUCAAAAAUUGAACCGCGCUCGCGAACUGUUGAAAUCUUAAAACGGACUGCAGUAAACAUGGCGCGGCAAAGUCCCUCCGCCGGAUUAAAAACCAUAAUUGGUUACAUUUUACCAGAACAAGAGGUUGUCCAGUCAAACCAAGAUGAUGUUUCAGUAAGUGAAGAUGAAGACGAUCAGGAAAUACAGCCUGAAUUUCUUGACAUGAAAGAGAUGGACUCUGUCUCAUCUGGGGCAAACUUAUUUAAAUCAUCCGUGCCAGCGUCAAAAGAAGUGUCAUUCAUGGCCGGUGAAAAGAUGUACCGGGUUGAGGGCCGUUUUCUCCUCUGUGACCCCUGGUGGAAAGUAACCUGCACAGUUCGUCAAGGCCAGCACAAAGCUUUUCUCAAAGGCUAUCCCUCCUACAGCCUCCGCACCAAUCUGAGAUCAGAGGGACGGUCACUUGUGUCUCUUUUUCUUAAAGCAUGUAAAGCACAACCUGACUUUUUUAACAUGUUCAUGGAGUGGUUGCCCAAUGACAGACAUGUUGAGCUUGUCAAUUUGCUGGACAUCCUGCAGGAGUUUGAAGAUUCAUCACCUGAAAAUAAAGCUGUGGCUAUAGAGCUCAAGGGAAAUGUCAAUUGCUCAGUCGCUUGGACACACGUGAGAGUCGCCAGCUUGUACCCUGGAAUCAUGAAAUACUUGCCAACAUUGCUGCCGGGUCAGUUUAUGGAGAUAAUCAGAGAUAAUUCUGAAAAAGAUGACCCUACUGCACAAGAGCAGAACAAUACAAAUGUCUUGGCCAAACUUGAGGAGCUCAUUAAGACUGAUGUAUGGAAGUUGGGCUUCAGCCAUAUUAUGUUUAAAGAAUUACGUCUCAUCCGGUGUGAAGCAAAGUUGGAGGCCUUCAAAAGCUGUAAUUUAUUUUCUAGUAUCCCCGUGCUCCAGCGUGACUCCUUGCUCUUGUAUGCGGAACUGAAAAGACACUGCAGAGUCACUGGCAGCACGUAUGCCGACCGGGAGAUGUUGCAGGAUAAGAUAUUGGCUGAGACCGGAGAUGAGGGUGCCUGGACUGCUUUGCAUUUUCUUGAGAAUCAGGGGGUGCUGAUUAGGGAGGUCGAAAAGGUGGCGCUUAGGAACCUCUUCGGCUAUGAGAAAGGCAUUGCCGAAUGCUUGAGGAGCCUGGUUGAGGGAGAACCCUGGAAGAUCCACUUGGAUGUGAGGAAGGUUCUUCGUGAAGCGCAGCUGGAUCGAUUAAGAGCAAAAGCUUGUGAAAAACGCAGUAUGGCUAAUCCAAGGAAAUCUAAGGCUGAUGCAAAAAUAUCCAUUUCAGCAGCCCAAAAUGACAUUGUUCAGGGGGCCGUGUGUGAAGAGAUGCUUCUUGAUGUUGCCCGGCCUGAUACUUCAAGCGUGGUCCACAAUGGAGGAACGGGAAUACGUUGUGAUUCUCCUCAGUCCUUUGAAAUUACAAAGCUCACUAUUAAAGAGGAAAGUCACACUUCAGACUCGGACGACUCGGAUGACUCCACCUACAUGGAUGUUGAUCCGUCUACUAUAGAGUUGGACCCCGAUCAGGUGCGAGCAGCAGAAAUGAUAUGCACCAACCCAGUAACCGUGAUCAGUGGGAAGGGAGGUUGUGGAAAGACUACAGUGGUCAGCCUGGUGUUUAAGGCGGCCAUGGAGCAACAGACAAGUGACAGGGAAGAGGUGUUGAAGGCCUGUGAAGACUUUCAGAAUGACUCCCAGGGGUCCAGUAAUGGGCUGCUGUCAGACGUACACGAGGAGAAAGAAGAAAGUGAGGCGAGUGACAGUGAUGAAAAGCCUGUGGAAGUUCUUCUAACUGCUCCUACUGGGAGAGCUUCUUCACUUCUUACUAAGAGAACCGGCUUCACUGCUUAUACUAUGCACCAGAUUUUAUGGAGUUUCAUGAAUACAGAAAAGGAUCCCAGUGGAAAUCCUAAGCAUUGGAAGUUCUCGAAGGUGCGGGUACUGGUGGUCGAUGAAGGGAGCCUGGUGUCUGUUCAGAUCCUUCACUCCAUUCUCAGCAUGCUUACCAAACAUGCAGACCUCCAGAAGUUCAUCAUUUUGGGAGAUGUGAGGCAGCUGCCCAGCAUUGAACCUGGAAACACACUGCACGAUCUGUUUGAAGUCCUCAAGAACGUCCGUUGGGCCAUUGAGAUGAAGACCAACCAUCGUGCCGAGUCUGAGCUCAUCGUCAGAAAUGCUGGACUCAUCUCGGAGAUGGGUAAAAAAAGGCUUUACAGUCCUCUGGAGUUUGAUGCCACCAUAAAAAUGUCAAAACCCUCCACAGUGUCAUCUGACAAAAGAUUCAUAUUGGUCAAAGUCAGUGAGGAAAAUUAUUCUUUUGGCCUCCAGGAUGCUGUUAAAUUCUUACUUAAGGAAGCCCCUGGAUUGGAAAGUGAUACAUCUUCACAAUUUGUGGCUUUCAGGAAGAAAGACUGUGAGUUGAUUAAUGAGCUUUGCUGCAGCCAUUAUUCUCAGCAUACCACAAAGACUUCCAAACAGAAAUUGAACUUUCAAAAAAUGGAUAAAGUUUGCUGCACUAAGAAUGGCUAUGUCUCAGACCCAGAGGAGAAGAGAGGUGUGACUGUCGGAGCUUCCCGUGAUAAUGGAGAUAGACAGACACAAGAUGAACAGACGAAGGAGAAGAAAGAGCGCCUGUGCAAUGGGGAAAUUUUCUUUAUUAAAGAUGAUGUGACGGAUGAGGUUGGGGAAGGAAAACGUAAAAAAACGUACCGCUACCUGACACUAGAUGAUGUAAAUGGGCGCGUGGUGAUGUGUGACUACAGGGAACUACAGAGAGAGUGUAAACUGCGACAUGCUUGGGCAAGAACCAUCCACACCUUUCAGGGCUCAGAGGCGGAAACUAUUGUGUACGUUCUUGGAGACAGCAUUGCUCAAAACUGGCAGCAUGUGUACACUGCAGUGACACGCGGUCAGAAGCGUGUGUAUGUGGUGGGUUCAGAGAGCGAAAUAGAAGGAGCCAUCAAGAAAAGGAUCACCCCACGUAACACACGAUUGUGCUCGUUCAUCAAAACAACAGUUGCCAAACAAGCUCCUGAAGACACUUUGACUCAGUCGGCCUGCAGUCAGAGUCAAGUAGAGACCCCUGUGAACCACAGUUUCGGGCCUUCACAGUCCACACCCUUUGUGUCACAUUGCCACAGCCGCCCCCAGUCGUUCUCCAGCACAAAACCUUCAUGUUUUCGACACCUCUACAAGGAAGAAAAUGGACACAACCAUCAAACAUCCAAUAUCUCUUUAAAAGAUGACAUGGCAUUCACUCAAACCUACUCUUGGUCACCCAUGGAUGGUUGUGAUGAGCCAAGCAUGGUGAAGAAUGAACAUGUGUCUGAAUUAUCCAAUCAGGUUGAAGAUGCAACGUUAGAGACGAUCAGCUCAUCCCCAAAUGAAAGCAGCAGGGGCUCUAAACGGCUGACUUCUGCGGACAUCUGCAGUACGCCGACUAAACUACCAAAGAUAACCAUUCCAGAAGAGUCUCCUUUGUGCAGCUCAAGGCUGAAUCUUCUGUCCAUUACGAGUCCCAGCUCCAAAACCCAAGGCCGACAGCUCUUCCGAGACGAUUCUGAUUCUCAUUUUGAAAAGCCUUAGAGGGGUCAUUCUCAGACCCAACAUGCCAAAGCGGAAAGAACUAAAUCAGUCCAAAUGUUCAUGUUAUUUGGCUAGGACUAGAGGAUUUGGAUAAACCUGAAUUAGCGUUUUACAUAAUUAUGAGUAAUUUUCUAGUUUCACCCUUGAGAAUAACGAUAUCUUGUAGUAUAUUAUGGCUUUGUGCAAGAGAUGUGAGUUCUUAUUUCUGUUAGACAUCCUUUGAAAAGUAUAAUUCUUAAAUCAUAACAAUUGAGUAAAAGAAGGCUUAGAUCUGAAACUGAAGUGGGUAGAUCAGAUUUGUAAUGAAAGUUAUAACUCAUUCUUGUAAAUUACCAUAUCAUUUUUAAAUUACUUUUAUGUAUUUAUCUUUCCUGGCAAACUUGUAAAAAAAGGUACAAACAUGUUAUGCAGUUUUUAAAAAAUGUUCACGUUUAUAAUAUGAAUCACGGCGUUUGUAUCUUUUGGGGCUGAAGCAAAUGUUUGACUCUAGACUUCACAAUUCAGGAUACUUUAAAAACCGUCACGGCUCAAUACAAAAUCCAUUUGAAGUUUGACUGGAUGUUGUCAUUUUUGGCAUUAUUUCGCUUUUUAUUUUAAACCUGAGUUUAUUUCAAAAGCUCAGUAUGAUGGUUGAACAUCACAUCAUCUAAUAAAGCACAGUUCAUUCAAGCUCA